AUGAUUGGCUGGCAGCUGUGCUCCAAUGUGUCAUACCCUUCACUUCCCUCUGGUGUCGCUCUGCCCCCCACUGGACCGGCCCAUCUGUCGCUCCGGCUGCUGAAGCUGGACAGAGGCCUCCACUAUUAUCUGCUGGAAGCUGCUUACUCAUUACAUUACAAGAGGGGGACCUGGCUACCCAGAGAGGCCUCCAUCCACCUCCUCCUUGCCACGCCCCAGUCCUCCAUUCCCAGGGACAUGUCUCUGGACCUGGCCUUCAGCUCCCACAGAGUGCUGUUCAGAAUCAAACACCCACUGAAAACCAUCAUCCUACAGGGACAGUUUGAUCAAGAGAGGAAUAUAAAAUCUGGGAAGCUUGAGCUUGUAAUUGACAGUGUCCAUUGUUAUAUCCUGGGCUUGGUGGACAGCACCAGCCUUCAGUCUGAGCAGAGAAAGCGCUACCACCUGGAAGUUAAGAUGGCCGAUCAACGGCCUGCGAUUCUGUCUGUUAAUGUCACCCGCGGAUUGGGCAGGAAGAGCAGCCUCUCCGCUACUCUGAGGAACGUGUUCAGAGAGACGGCUUCGCUCUCAGUGGCUCUGGAGCGGCGGCAGGACCUUAGCAGCAGCAGCAGCCAGUACUCUGUGGAGGCUGAGCUUUUCUUACCUGGACUGGUGGGCAGCAGGAUGCUAGGAUUGAUGGAACAGAAGGGGGCGCUGUGGAGCUCUGUCCUUAGGGUCAAAUAUGGGCUGAGAGGGGACUCCAGGAACCUGCAUCAGGAGUGCUACACAUCCCAGAGACUGCGGAGAGGGAGGGACUCCAACCUCACGUACAUCAUGAGAGCUGAUCAUGAAUUCUACUGCACUAACAUGGAACCUAUCAACCACAAGAUCCACAUGAAGCAUGAAGAAAGCCCCAGCCACAUCAAAUCCGUCCUGGACCUGAGCUACGGCAAACACUGGGAUGAGAUUAAUAACAAACACACGCUGCUCCUCAGUCAGUCCUUCAGAAACCAGUCCACACAAAACCACACCAGUUACAUGCUGGAGUUUAACCUCCAGGUGCCUGAGAAGAACUUGAACUACAGGACUCAGCUGAUGCACUCUCGCCUGCUGCAGCACGGCUCUGAGAGCAGCACUCAUCUAAAAAUCAACUACAACAACCUCGUGCCUCUGGUGGCGGGGUUACACUGGAAGAGCCCCCUUGAAAACACCCUUCGUAAAAAAUGGGAAGGCGCGUUCAACAUGGACACACCUGGACAGUACAUCUACGCUGCCUACAGGGUGAGCCGGCCAAACCGCCACGCCCUGCAGCUCACCUCAGAGCUGACGGCCAGCAAGUGGCUGACCAUUCGUAACCUGGUCCUGGACGGGUUCUACAGGGAUCGGGGUAGAGAGAAGGCAGCGCGCCUUGAGGUCCACACAUCAGCUGCUACCUACGUCCAGGCGAGGGUUUGGGGUAUGGUGGGGAGGCAGGCGGUGAAGGCCCACGGCUCCUUAGCUUCACUCUGGACUCCUCCUCUGAAGGCGAAUGUCUCUCUGGAGAGCUCUAAAUCCAGCCACGCCUUGCUGAUGAGCGCCACAUGUGGCAGGCAAAAUGUCAGCUUCACUGCUGCUGUGAGCGGUGCUGAUAAGAAUUUGAAGAAGAGGCAGGCAAUAUUAAAGAUGGCCUUCACCGAGCCGAACAGUCCGACCAUGGAAAUGGAGUUAGAGGGAUGGGUGGAGGAGCUGAGGAGGGACAGGAAGAUGUAUCAGAAAGCAGCCCAGCUCCAAUUUAGGCAGCCCUUCCAGAACUUUCCUCAGACUCUUCUUCUGCGAGAAACCUUCACUGUGGACCUCGUUAAAGGCCUUUAUGUUUUGGAGUCUAAAGCCGGUUUCCACGACAACCAAGAGGUCGUCCACACAUUGACUCUCAGCUACAAACCGCCAAGCCCAUUUGUUUGUUCUGCACUCAUCCACACGUUCAGCUCUGACACUUUUCCAUCAGACUCUGAGGUCUGUGUUACUGGAACCAGCAACAAGACACACAGAGAUCUACGAGGGACGCUGCAGGUUAGCGGGGAGGACAAACUCAGCCUCUUUGGGCAGAUUCAACAGAGCCCCUCCAAUUCAAUUCAACAGACAAUAACAAUUAAAGCAAACUUCACCCAUGAGCUACAGCUGCAGCUGCCCUCCUCUGCUCUGAUGGAGGGAUACUUACACUGGAUCCCUCAACACAGCACUGACUUUGACUACCAGGCCAGAGGAAAGCUGAGACUAGAGAGACAGGAGUGCACACUUUCAGUGCAGCUGAACGGAACAGCAGGAAGAGUCAGCCUCCGUUCCUCCCUCGCUCAUCCCUUCAAGUCGAAGAUUCCCAAAGCGCUAGAGGUGAAAGCUGCUGUAGACGCCUCAGAGACUGGCAAAAGGAGCAGUUCAUUGUGUGUGCGAGCAAAUGGGAUGAGCAGGGUGACUGUGACUGGUCAGAUGUUCCACCGGCUCCAGAAUCCAGACAGAGCAGUGAGACUGGACCUGGAUCUGUCCCAGAACCUCCUUCCGUCAGUCAGCGCCCUGCAACUGAACAUGGCAGCCAACGUGUCAGCAGACAGCGUGGCUCUGCUUGGCUCUGUCACACAGGGACGGGAGGCGCUGCGGGUCCAGGUCAAAGGGUCACGGAUAAACUCCCAGGUUCUCCGACUGGCUUUGUGGGGGAACGUUCACCAUUCCAUGUCCGUAUUGAAGGCUCUGCCCUCAGUCCUGGGUCUGAACGGAGUGUUAGAGGGCUCUGAUACUUUAACAGAAGGUCACCUGGGGGUUAACGUGAUGGAAGCUGUACACAGCAUAGAGCUGAGACAUCAGCUGGAUGCUGCAGAAGGUCUGGUCAAAGGAGAAGGAACGAUGGGAGGUGACUACCAGCGGACACAGGCCCGGCUCUGUGUUCGGUCUGGACUCCAGAACCUGUGCGCUAACGUUACCCACCGCCUGGAGAACCGGGGAAACGGACAGCUCUCUGUUCAGCUUUCUCACUCUUUCCACCAACUCAACACCACAGGCAUUCCUGAUGACAGCAGUGCUAAGGUGAAGUGGACCCAGGAUGAAUUUGGACAGUCUAUCCUUGUAGUGCUGCAGGCUGGAGCAGAGCAUGUUAGAGCUGAGUUCCUCAGAGACAGAACAGACCAGAGGUGGAGCUACUUCUCCAAGUUCCAACAUCAAGUCAAAGCCCUGAAAGCAAGAGGCCUGCCAGGCUCAUUCCAAGCCACAGCACAGCACCAGUUAGAAACAGGAGGAUUUGACAUAAGUCUGGUUCUUAGCGUGGAAGAUGAGAGAACAGCAGAGAUGUUUUUCAGCAUGGGGUCAAAAAAUAAGACGUCUGCUUUGGUCGUGAUGCUGUGGCAACACAUGAAGCUACUCCAGGGUCACAUCCCCAAUUCUUUACAGAUGAACUGUACAGGGGUCUCCACUGAAGACCGACUCUCGGCCCACUGCUUUGGAAACGUGGCAAACCGGCCAGUGGAGACUCUCAUUGGUCCACAGGCCUCAGCCAACAUCUCCGUCUCCCAUUCAGGAUGUGACAGAAACCUCAGAGCAGAUCUCCAUGCUGGAGGGGAGCAGAAAGGUUCCAUCAGUCUGUCUCUAACCUGCGAUCCUCAUCGCAGUCUGCGUGCAUCUGUUCUGCACUUCAUCAGUGCGGUGAAAUCGCUCAGAUUUCCCACCAGCGCAGCGCUGCCUCUGAAUGUGUCAGGUGGACGUCUGCCUCAGGUGAAUGCUACCCUGGAGCUGGGGCGGUGCUUCCUCCGGGGCAGCGUAGGUGACUCCACCGCUCCGCUGGCGGCUGCAGACGGCCCCCAGUCGCUCACUGUGAAUGUGAGAAGCCACUGUCCUCUGCUUCAGGAGUGGGACCUCCCUCAGUCUCUGGCCCUUCGGGGCCUCUUGUCGGUGGCUCCCUGCCAGUUGACCAUGUCGUCCUCUCUAAGGGUGGACGAUGAGGAUGCGUCUUUAGAGCUAAGUUGGUCCUGUGUCACUCCGUAUCUCUUCGGGAGCGUCAGUCAGUCGUUCUCUGGGCUAAAGAGCCGAGGUCUGCCGCAGAUGAUUAGCGUGGAGGCUUCAGCUCUGGAGGGUUCGGACCAGGGUGGAGCCGUGACUGUUGAUGUUGGGACAUGUAGGAUUAGAGCCAGGAGAAUCGUUCAGGACAGAGGAACGGGACAGCGGCUUUGGGCCUGGGAGACAGACUGCCCUGGGUUACAGGUUCAUGUGAACGGCUCAGUGUGGGAGCACCCUGGCGGCGUGUGGACAGCUGUGAUGGAGACUGGUCUGCAGGGCAGGAGAACGUUCCUCAGACUGGAUGCUGAACCCGGGCCAGAGCUGAGAGUUGAGGGCGUGUUGGACUGUGACAGUUCCCCCCUCACCCCUUUGCCCAACAGCAGUACACUGAGAUUCAGCAGCUCUGGAUUACAUGCUGCAGAACUUCUUGUUCAGACGAAGGAAUGCCACCUCAGAGCUGGAGGAGAUGUAAUGUCACGUCCUGGCCUGCAGGUGUCACUGCUAUACCACAAUAACUGCUCUAUAAUUCAGGAGUGGUUCAGUCCAAACAUUAUGCAGGCUUCAGGCUCUCUGCUGCUCUCACCAGCUUCUGUUUCCUCCCACAUCUUCAUGGUGGUAGAUGGCAAAGAGUUGCACACCGUGCUGUCUGCAGGACAAACUGAGGUUCACAGGGAAGCAUUUCUACAUCUGAACCAUUCCGUCCCCCUGCUGAAGAAACUGGGCCUGUCUGUGAAUGUGUCUCUGGCAGUACACUGUGAGAGUCACAAAAAUGGUUCACGCUCGUUUACGGCCAAUGGCAGAGCAGAAAAUCAGCAGUUUUCUCAAGAGCUGAAAAUGGAAAGGACAUCUGAGACUGUGAGGGUGCAGAGUGAGCUAAAACAUGCGGUGAAUUAUCUGGACAAGCUGGGAGUCCCUGGAAGCAACAGCGUCCAGGUAGAACUUGGUUCUGCUGAAGGACGGAUCCUAAGCCUGGAGUCUCAGUGUGGAGCUCAGCAGUCAGGACUCAGACUGCAGCUGAAGAUGAUUCCUGAACUCAAAGAAGUGAGGGGAACCUUGUGGCACGGUUCAUCAUGGCUUCACCGCCGAGGCCUGCCUCUGAGAAUAUCGGGCCUUUGCUCCAUGAAGGGAACGUUGUCUGAGCUCCGGUCCAGGGCUGAGCUCAGUGUGGAUGGACGCAAGCUGCUCACGUACGGGCUGAAUGUCAGCGAAGCUGCCGGUCGCCUGGCUGGGCUCCUCUCAUUGUCUCCUGCUGCUCUCAAUCAAACACAACACAAGCUGGACUCUGUCCUAACUGUGCAGUUCAAAGGUCCUUUAAGAAGUGCGUCAUUAGACGUUCACCGCCAGGACUGGAGGUUCCGGGUGGAGGGAGAGGCCGGGGCCUGGGGGACGCAUGGUGGUACCAAGGAGGCCCGGUUCACACUGAGGCACGCUGAGCGAGGAGAAGCUAGCCCUGCCUUCCAGGUGGAGGGCUGGGGGAGACUGAUGGAGUCCCUGCUGAGAGCCUCCAUGGCCGUCAACCCUGAGCUCAGCUCUUCAUUUGCACUCAUUGUCCAAGGACACACCUCCACUCCCAGCAAGGAACUGAUGGUGAACGUGGUCCACAGCGCCCCCCAGCUGCUGCCAUACCUGCCCCCCCAGCUCCACCUCCGUUCUCAGUUGAACCAGUCCCAGUCCAACGUGGCAGCCCUGGUGGAGGUGUUGUCAGGCAGGAGGAAGCUGUGGGCUCUGGGGGAGCUGGCAGCCAUGGAGGGCAGCUACAGGCAGACUGUGGAGGUCACACACUCCUUCCCACAGCUGCAGCCUGUCCCCAGGCUUGUCACCAUUAGUACCAUGUAUGAGGCCAGAAGGUGGCGCCACCUUUUCCAGCAGGCCACUGUAUGGGGCAGCCAUCAAUUCAGCUUGUCUGCUCUGCACUUGGCUGCUCCAGGUCUGGACUUUGAGGCGGGCAAUCGCACUCUGAAGGUCCAGGUCAGCGGCCUCCCCCGUUUGAGCAGUCUGGAGUUGGUGCAUGAGAGCUCCUUCCACAGCCGACUGGACAGCGUUUCACUGGGCUGGAAGAGGCAGGGACAUCUGGAGCAGGCGCACAUCCUCAGGUCGUGGAGUCACUCUGAGGAGACAAACGAGACGAAGCUGGAGCUGAAGCAUCCCUUCUGCUCGGCGCUGAGUCAGCUGUCUCUGCACACUCUGUCACUCCGCUCACCCAGGAAGAGCAGCAGCAGGCUGCAGAUGGCAGUGUCUUCUGGAAAGGGCUGCGUAUCGAUGGGGUACCGUGGAAACCUGUAUUCACAGACUGCAGAGGUGACAUGGCACAACAAGAGUUUCAGGCAGGGCCUGACGUACCAGAAAAGUGCUGAGGGAUUGCACGGCCUCCAGCUGUAUGUGGAUCUCGACCGAGUGUCCCCCGCACCCUGUCACUCACACAUGCUCCUGGCCAAAGUCCAGACCAACCUCAGGGACCGCUUGGAGCACAGAGUGGAGCUGGGGGUUUGUCCCGAACAGCCGACUGUGUGGUGGUCCGGGUCCCACAGAGUGAACUCAGGAGAGGAGCUGAUCUACAGUCAGUGUAACGUUUCGGUGACGGGUCAGCCGCUCUGGUCCCACUUCACACUCACCCUCACCAACACCUCCACUGCCCAGGGGACCAACAUCUCUCUCUAUACUGAGUCAGUGGUGGGUAACUGGAGCUUGUUGUUGGGCAGCAGCGGCUUGUCGGGGCCCUAUGGGGCCGGUCUCCAGGUUCAUGCCACACUGGACCGCAGACACCAGGUCUGGGUCAAUGGAACGCUGGGGGGCCGCUGCCUCCGGACCGCCACAGGCUACAUGAGCGGUCCAGGCCUCUGUGAGGACUUCAGGGCAGCAGUGUGUGCAGGAAUGAACCACAGCUUUAAUGCCGAGGUGCAGAGAAGAGAACGCUGCAGAGAGACUGAGACUCUGGGAAGCUGGUCACUGAAAACGUCCAAUCAGAGGCUGGUGAUGUCAGCCAGUGGCUGCUUGGAGAGAUUAACUGAAGUUGAGGAGCGAUUUCACUUCCUGAUCUCUGACAUCCAGAAGGAACUCCUGGAGAGGAGGGAGGCAUUAAAGCGUCUUCUAGCAGAAACCACUGAACAGCCUGCAGACAUGCAGCUGCUGCAGGCCUGGACCUCCGUCCCUCUCCUCGUCUCCCAGCAUGCCGAGGGCCUGCUGGUCUGGGGCUCCACAGGGCUGCUGUCCCUAUGGCUCAGCAGCUCCCUGCGCCGCUCGCUGACCAGCAGCCUGCCUGACCUGCUGGAUCGGCUCCAGCAGGCCUCGCUGCAGGGGCAGCAGGAGCUGCGGAGGCCGCUGGCGACCCUGGCUGGUGUGUACCAGGACGUGAAGGGCCAGAACCUGGAGGCAGCGUGGAGGGAGGCCGCUGACAUGUGGUCCGGCAGGCUGCUGGACGUCCUGCCUCCUGAGCUGGAGAACCUUCACCUCAGAGCCCUGGCAGCAGCAGGCGCCUCCGCCCUCACAGCCGCUCUGGAAGUGGCGGGUCAGCAGAGCUCCCACUGGGCCGAGGCCAGGCUGGCCACGGCUCUGUCUGGACUCAGGAAACGACUGGCUUCUCUCUACACAUUCAGCCGCAGGGACUGCACGGUCGCUUUGUCGGUGCCGCUGCUGAAUCUCAGCCUGUCCAGGGCCACAGAGGGCAGGUUGUUGGAAACCGUGCUGGAGGAGUGGCUCCUGGGGCCCCUGAGGGCCCUCGCCUCUGUCAGACCUGCAGCCGAGCUUUAUCGCUUCAAGAGGAGAAUGAUGGACAGCCCGUUCAGACACCAGGCGCUGCUGGUGGCUGAUCAGUUUGUGGUGACGUUUGACGGCCGCCUGUAUGAACUUCCUGUUUCCUGUCCGCUGCUCCUCGCCCAGGACGUCCGCACCGAGCCGUCCUUCACGCUGCUGCUAGGCGCCGACGCUCAGCGCUCCCUGCUGAUACGCAUGGGCAACAGCAGCGUCCACAUUCAGCACACCGGACAGGUGAAAGCUGACUGUAAGGACGCUGUCCCACAUGGACCCCUCAGCAGCCGUGGACUGAGUGUGAAAAAAGGCUCAAACAAAGUACAGGUGUCCAAUCAGGAGGGACAGUCCGUGUCAUGUGACCUGCAGCUGGAGUUGUGCAGCUUCACCCUGGAUGGAUGGUUACAUGGCGCAUCCACCGGCCUGCUGGGGACCAACGAUAACGACGCAGGCAACGAUCUCUCUCUGCGUGACGGAUCUCAGGCGAAGACUCUGGAGGAGUUUUUCCACAGCUGGGAGCUGGAGCCAAAGUGCAGUAAAUCCACAGAAGUUUCCACAGCAGCGGCGAGACCAGCGAGCUGCGCUUCCUUCUUCUCUUCCCCAGAUUCGCCUCUCGGUUCCUGUUUCAGAGUGGUGGAUCCAGCCCAGUUCCUGUCUGUGUGUGGGCGGAGCUCCUCCAAAGCGCCCUGCAGGUUAGCGGCAGCGUUUGUUCACCUCUGCCGGCAGAAUUACGUUCCAGUGGAGAUCCCCGGCCAGUGUAUGAAGGUCUGAAGGACAAACAAACUGCAGACUUGGCCUCUGAGAACCUCUGUUCAGAAUGAAUACAUUUACAUACCACUGUUUUCACUCUAUAUUCAUUUCAAUGACAUGUUUUAAUGUGUUGUUAUAUUUGCUAAUGUACCUUUGACAAAGAUUCUAGAACUUUAAAUAAAAAUCCUGUCCUUUAUGAA